UUGUCAAGGGCGCAAAAAUACCCGGAGCGUCAAAAUACCAGUCAGUUUCCGGGUGAAGUAGUCUGGCUAUUUGAGUUACACUGAAUCGCGGUGCGUCAGCUAUUGUUUUUGUUGUCUGUCUGUUGUCAGUCGUUUGUAAUUUUCAUUUUGAAAAAUCUACAGGGGAAUGUGAAGAAGAAAUCAUCAGCGGACACGGCUAAUGUGAAAAUAAGCGUAAACACUGAGACCCAUGGCAAAUCUUUCCUCCCAGCUGGAAGAGCUAAGGGGUGAAGCAGAGGCUGUCCUGUCAUCCACAGGCUCCGCCCAGGAAGUGAAGAAGGAUGUGUUGCUCAUGGCCAAUAUACCCCUCCCCCUCUCUGCCAAAUACCGCCACAUUGCUGCGGAGAACAUGGUGGCAGAAAACAGCAUGGGCAGCAACAGGCAGGAGACCAUGGCGUGCCUGCAGAGGUUGUCCACAGCCCUGAACAUCCUGGAGAAGUAUGGCUGCAACCUCACCAGUCCCAACCGACCCAAGUACUGGCGCAGCGUCAAGCACAACAACCCUGUCUUCAGAGCCACCGUGGACGCCAUCAGGGGGGGGCGGGCUGUGUUGUGUCUCUAUGGUUACUCCAACCAGCAGCCAGACGGCCUAAGCUUCCCUGAUGAUAUCAUGGAACCUGAUGUUGAGAAGGUUGCCGCGGUAACCCUGGAGGUCAUGACCCUGCGCAUGGAGCUGGAAAUGCUCAGCAAGGAGACUCACCCUCACCCCGAGUUCUUUGAGAGGAUCAUUCCUUCUCUCAACCAGCAGGGGGCACCACCUGAGCAGGGUGAGGAUGGGUCUGUGCCCGAUGAGCUGCUCAUUCCCCCCACGGAGAGGAGGUGGCAGAGGGACAACCAGUCCCCCUCCCUGCCCCCCAAACCCGCACACAGCCCGGGGCUCACCCCAGCUUCCCUUACACCCAUCCUUCAGACAGGUGGCUGCAGUCUCUGCGGAGGUGCUCCGUCUCUCCUGUGCCCUCCCUGCGGUUCCAUGCCCUUCUGUGAGUCAUGUGACCUGGUCUUCCACCGCCACCCCAGCAGAGCCAAUCACAAGCGGGAGCGCACGCAGGCACCGGAAAACUGCACCAUAUGUUGUGCAUUUCCAGUCUCCGCCCACUGCUCCACUUGCGGCCAAUGGCUGUGCUCGGAAUGUGACAGACUGUACCACUCCCACCCAGGACAGGCAGGCCACAGCCGAACUGCGGUGACCUCUGCCACGCCCAAGAGGGCCGUCAGUGCGUCUCUCUCCUCGUGGCAGUGUGUCCACUGCACCACAGUGAACGAGGUGCAGGCAGUGCUGUGCGUGAGCUGCGACCGACCUCGCCUGGCCAGCACUCCCUCUGCUGGCCUGGAGGAGCCACUGCAGCCAUCCACUAUCACAGAGUGGCAGUGUAAGAGCUGCACGGUGGUGAACGCGGGCAGCAGCGUCCUGUGUGAGGUGUGUGAGCGCCCCCGCCUGGCCACACGGCCGCCGCCCACGCCCAUACGCCCCUCCCCUCACCUGCCGGACCUGCCCAAGGGCACGGACACACAGUGGGUGUGUCAGUUCUGUACCUACGUCAACUCCACCCUGUCCUCCCCUGUGUGUGAGAUGUGUGACCUGCCCCGCCCAGACCCCGCCCCACUGCCCCACAAACCCCACCCACCAUCACCAUUAAAGGAUGUGCCCCUCCCGCCCGUCAAGCCGCAGACCCCGCCCACAGAGGACCCUGAUUUGAAGAGACAGAAGCUGAUGAGGGAGGAAGGGCUAAAGCUGAUCCAGCUAAUCAGAGAAGGGGAGAAGAAGGGAGUGAGCCCGGAAGAGGUGUACACAAGCGUGCACGUUUCCGGGGGCAAUACCGUCACUCCCUGUGAUUGGCUGAAGUCCGAGCUACCCCACCACCUGGACGAAAUCUGUGCCAGGGCAGCCUCCGUCCAGCAGGACUACAAAAUGGGGCAUUCUGGGAACAGCAGGGGCAGGGCUGGGGAGGACCGGCUGGGGUUGGCUGCCCAGGGCGGGGGUGUGCAGGUGUCCCGGGCCGAAGCCAAGCAGGCCUGGCUGUCAGCAGGGGGCGACACUGAGAAGGCAGUGCUGCAGGUGUUAAGGGACAGGCGUGCCAAGGUGCGGGAGCUGGCUUCUCUGGGUUUCUCCGACCUGUCCCGGUGUGAGGAGGCCCUGAGGCUGAGCGGAGGGGAGGUUCGGGGUGCUCUCUCCCUGCUGCAGCGCCCCCUGCUGGAGCCCUUCCACCAGCGCCUGUGGAGCGACGAGCCAGAGCCCAGCAUCGACACCAGCCACCCGGACAAGCAGAGGGUGUGCAGACGGCUGCUCGCAGUGUACGAGCUGCCCAGCUGGGGGCGCUGUGAGCUGGCCCUUUCUCUGCUGCAGGACCCAGGGGCCCCGUAUACCCUGGAGGACGUGGUGCAGGCAGUCCGAGAGUCACAUGACCGAGAUUUCAUCCGCCGGGUCCUCGCCAAGGAGUGCCCCAUCUGCCUGUCUGUGUAUCCACACAACAAGAUGCAGUCGCUGACCUCCUGUCAGUGCUCGGUGUGCUGCGACUGCUUCCAGCAGCACUUCACCAUCGCUGUGAGAGACAAGCACAUCAGAGACAUGGUGUGUCCCGUGUGCUGGGAGCCCGACAUCAACGACCCCGAGCAUCUCAACAGCUACUUCUCCACCCUCGACAUCCAGCUGCGGGAUUGUCUGGACCCGGAGGUGUACGAGCUCUUCCAUAAGAAGCUGACAGAACAGGCUCUCAUCAAGGACCCCAAGUUUCUCUGGUGCAGUCAUUGCUCCUACGGGUUUAUCUACGAUGGAGACCAACUGAAGGUCACCUGUUUCCAGUGCAGGAACAGUUUCUGCGCCCAGUGCAAGAAACCUUGGGAGUCGCAGCAUGCUGGCUUGUCGUGUGAGCAGUUCCAGUCCUGGAAGAGAGAGAAUGAUCCGGAAUAUCAGAGACAGGGGCUGGCAGGGUACCUGCGAGACAACGGCAUCAUCUGUCCUAACUGCAGGUUUCAGUAUGCUCUGUCUAAAGGCGGCUGCAUGCAUUUCUCCUGCUCUCAGUGCAGGUACCAGUUCUGCAGCGGCUGCAACAACCCCUUCCACACAACGUGCACAGUGGCACAGUGUUCUGUCACAGGUCUGCAUGCGCAUCACCCUCGAGACUGUCUGUUCUACCUGAGAGACUGGGAGCCCCCAAGACUGCAGGCGCUGCUUCAGAAGAAUGGUGUUGCAUUCAACACUGACCCCCCACAUGGAACUCAAGCUGGUGCGUGUGGGGUGAUGGAGCAGAAGGAUGAGGGGGGUCGGCAGGUGGACUCACCCUGCGGAGCUCAAACCCAGCCUGGCCAGGCGGGGCUCUGCGAGAAGCACUACAGAGAAUACCUGGUCAGCCUCAUCAAUGGCCACUCCAUAGACCCCGCCCCUCUCUUCACGGCCAAUGAAGUGACUGUAGCCUGUAGGAGAUACCAAGUGGACGACCGCCGGGGGGAGAAUGAGGAUGACAGGGCGUACUACUCUCGGCUGCUGAGGAAGCUAAUUGAAGAGGUUCCCCUGGGUGACAAGGUCCCGCGCAAGAAAUGAGAAAUCGUUCAAGCUCUUUCUGUUUUUAAUAACAGGCGGUAGAUUCGACGGCAUGUCACUAGUGGCCCAGUGCAAGCUAACGUGCAGACACAGAAGGAGUGUUCAUUCUGAAAUCCUCGCUAUCUCUCUGUAGUCUAGAGUAGGUACUCGGCUCACUUUCAUAACUGUGUUGUUCCCAUGGUAACUCAGAACGUAGUCCCUCCUCCACCGUCCCGCCUGCUCCACUGGCCAAUCACGGGGUGGCAAUUUGUGUGGCGGCUGACGGAGCCUCACCUGCUGCUCAGUUGCUGCUGAUCCCAGAACAGCUGUCGGUUUCAGGCCCCUGUCAGUAUGCAUGCCGAAAUAAAUGAUUCCUCUUCUCAGUGGCGUCUCAGAGGUCGUGUUUUGAGGUAGAUGGGAUCCGCCAUGGCACUUUCUCACACAUUUCGCCGCAAGUGAUUUUCACAUUUGAAACACGAUUCACCACCGACCGGUGAUCCUAAAGCGCUCGUUGUAACU